CCUCCUCCCCCUCUUCCCCCCCCUUGUUUGCCUCAAUCCUCUCCUUCCCUCUCCCCCUUGGCUCCUCAUUGAAUGCCGGCUGACCGCUUUUUCGAUCGUCCACCGAUGGUGGCCAUCCUUUCGGUCGUGGGUUCUCCCUCCCUGCCCUUUUCCUGUGGGCCACCCGUCAAUCCGCUUCUCGGGCAUGACUCCCAGGGCCCUUGGAGAGCCUCCACCCGGCUGCGGCGGCCAUUUUCCUGUGUUCAGUCUGUCGGAGCCUUCUGCCAGAUGAGCCAAUCGGUGAUGCACCGGCGUCGGCUAGGGGCAGUUGUCACUUCCUCCCGAGCCGUUCUGCCUUGGAUUCGCCUUUGCCCGCCGACUGGCCAGUGCCCUCUCCAAGCGUAGCCGCCCUGGCCAUGCCUGGCUAGAUCUCUCCCUUCUUUGGCUGGACUCGCUUCGUUGACGGGCCGCCUUCCCUCUCGGUCAGGUGUUCCUUCUUGCCUGGACACUCCUCGACUGGCUCUGCCUCUGGGCUUGUGGUCUUUCCCCGCUGCGGGGGCCUUGCCUGGAGUCCGCCCUCCGCCUCGUGGUUCCUCAUCGCGCCUCGGCGCCCUUCCCCUUCGAACCUGCCUGCCGGCUGUCCUCCACGAAAGCAGCUGGCCAAAGGGUCCUGUUCAGCUGAUCGCGAUCUCAGCGGCAUGGCUGGGUCCAUGUGUCCCUGUGGUCACUUGCCUUGGGCCUGCUCCUCCCCUGGCCGCCGCCAUGUUUCGCGCAUGCUCCUGCCGGCGUCGAGCCCGGACUUGGGCCCCUUGCCUGCCGGGCCUGGAGGAUGUCAUGCCGUUUGAAGUGCCAGUCCCACACAUACCCGCCGAAGGCCCUCCCUGCGCGUCCUGGCCCCAUCGCGACUCACCCGCGGACGUGCCGCCUCCCUUGGCAGCGUACGUCUUCUUUUGCGCGUUUUCGAUCCCUCCUCCCUGCCACUGGACCAAAGGAGGCACUUGCUCGGCGUCACAGCCCCAGCACCCUCUUUGCAAUGCUGGCAACUGGCUUCGGAUCAGCCAUGCACGUCGGAUGCCCCCCCAGAGUGCCGGCUGGUCGCUGCCCCCUGCUGGGCUACCAGGGCGAUCAUGCGCCUCUGCGCCGAAGGCCGUGGCAACCUGCCUGCCUCUGUGGAGCGGCGUGUUGCCACCUUGCCGAGGGACAGAAGAGAAUGCUGGUGGAAGGGAGCAAGGUCUAUUGGGUGGUGGCUAAGGCGCCAUCUAUCUAAGUGUCA